GCCAAGGGUAGAACCAGCGACUCACUCUACGUGCUGCAUACUGGCCGCAAGGAAUGGAAUAAACCUUUAAUUCAAACACUGCUCCCUGCACCUCGACACUCGCAUGCAGCUUGUGUAGUUGGCACUGUCAUGUACAUCAUUGGAGGGCAACUCUCGGGUUAUUAUAUGAACGAUAUUGCAGCAUUCGAUUUAAAGACAUUGAAUGGAAAACGUCCUGCAUGGACCUUCCUUGAACCAAAGUCAGAUCUACCUCCCGCACGUGCAGGACAUUGUGCGGUAUCCUAUAAUGGCAAGGUUUACAUUUUUGGAGGGGCAGAUGAUAAAUUCUAUUACAACGAUAUUUGGUGCUACGAUCCUCAAACGAACAAAUGGGAACCAAUUCCGGUCUACGGAACUUUACCCAUUAGCCGGCAGGGCCAUACUGCUGCUGUUAUUGACGACACCAUGUAUAUCUAUGGCGGCAUGAGUUUUGAAGAGCAGCUUUUAGGCGACUUGUGCGCAUUCAAGUUUACAGAGCGACGCUGGUUGGCAUUUCCUACCACAGCUGAAGCUGCUUCACCUCGCGCUGAACAUGCAAUGUGCAGUGUGGGCGAUAAACUUUAUAUACUUGGCGGACAGCUGGAUCUGAACGCCAAUGAGGAUUUAGGGAUUGUUUAUGUACUCGAUACUGGUAUGUACCCUGAAACGGGUUAA